AUGUGUCGGGUGCUCGGCAAGGGCACCUGCUUCGACGACGUAGAGCAGCUGUCGAAGAUGAGCAAGUCGAUGGCACAAGCAACGUUCCACAAGUUCCGCCGUCACUUUGCGGCGGAGAUGUUCGACGAGCACAUCUACCUCCCGACCGGGACGUACCUGGACGAAGUUAUGGGGAUCUUUCACCAACUAGGGUGUACGGGAGCGUGUGGGUCCACGGAUGUCACCCACAUUGGCUGGAACAUGUGCCCCUUCACCCUUGGCCGUCCUUUCACGGGCAAGGAGGGGUUUCCAACCAUCGCCUACGAGGUCACGGUCGACCACGCUGGACGCACUUUAGCCGUUGCCAACGGCUUCACCGGUGCGACGAAUGACAAGACGACUAUCCGGUACGACUCGGGAGUCAACAAUAUCAGAACAGAGUACAAACUUCGCCAAGGCGAACGGCACCGAGCGAACGCGCCGCGGAUGGUUAUUGAUGGUGGACAACGGGUACCACGAGGAUGUGGAGUGCUUCUUGGGAUUCUGAAGGGCCGCUUUAGAAUCCUCAAGCUCCGCAUGCCAUACCAUAAACGAGAAUACAUCGACAACAUUUUUUUCACAUGCUGCAUCCUGCAUAACAUGCUCCACACGUUCGACGGCCUGGACGUAUUCGAGGAAAACACGGACUGGCCAGGGAGCGCUGGGCACCUCGACGCCAGGGAGCAUGCCCUCGCUCACGGACUACACUUCUGUUGGGUCGAAGGGAGUGCUGCUGCCACCGAAGGAGGGGGAGAAGGAAGAGUGUGGUGAGGGGGGGCACGUGAGAAAGGAGCGGCACCCGGACCAUGCAGAGUUGAAGAGGCAGCUAAUCGAGAGUUUUGCUUUUCGUUAGAAGAUCAACGACAUCACCUGGUUGUCGCGUCCCAAAUAAAGAGUUUAUACAUAUGUUAGAAUUUGCCUUCAUCCCGACUCGGUGUCAUGGGGUCGUACGGUUGAACCGGGUGCGCAGAGCUUAAACCAUGCAACCCCAUGAUGACUGACAGGUUGUUUUGUACAGAUAGGUCUACCGUUCGUUGUAGGUUACAUUUGGACACGACGUCGGCGGCGUUUUUCGUCUUUGUUUUUUGGGGCCUGCCGGGUAGAUAGUCGCUAUAACAAAUAAUCCGAGGGAGCCAAGCAAGGCAUCGUCGAAGUUAAAAGCUAUUCAGAGCAUUUUUUGUUUCUUCCGUAACGGCACAAACCCCUUCGACGUUUUUGGCGCAAGAAGAGUCGUUCACCUCACCAACGCUCGAUAAAGUAUUUCUACCGUCGAUGCUUGGUCGAGCGGCGUUACAGCUAGAAAACAUUUCGAAACAUGUCUUUUUGCACUCACGCAGAAAGUGUUUGAAUUAGUACAGAUUUUUCACGCAUCCAGGCUCUUACCUAAAAAGGAAGCUCCCCCCCCCCCCCCCCCCCCCGAAACUUGCACCAAGUACGCACAUGGACGCUGUUGAAUUGGUCGAGAUUUUCACGCACCCGGGUUGAUGGUGACGAACUCCACCAACUUGCGUCUCCAGUCCUGCAUUUCCUUCUCCUUCUUCGCCUUCGAAUUCUGAGCAUGCACCUCGUUUUUAAAUUUUUCCCGGCUGGCGAAACCUUAGUUGCCCCCGGCCCCAUCCAUCGUCUGAAGACCACGCUUGCCUAAGGGGCCGUUGCUGGUGUCGCUUGUAUCCUCGUCCGACGUCCUAGAGGGAGUCGCCGACGCAGAUUGGGCGCGACGCCCCUGCUUCCCGGGGCCGGUAGACAUGGCCACCUUGAGGUCAACGUCCUCAUGCUUGCCCGCGGGACGGCCAAACAACGCGAAUACAAGGCUGUAACUGUGAACCCGUCCUGAUGGCCUCGUCAACUUAUCGUCGUCUUCGGCGUCCUCUGGUGCUUCCCCCCCUCUUCCCCCUUCUCCUGCUUAAUGCUGCGGUGGUUUUCAGCCGCCAUGGUCAACGCCGCUCGUUCGCCAUCCAAUUGGGGCGAUCAGCUGAAUCCGCCGCGGGUUCAGGCCCCAAGGCACCAAUCUUCGCUUCAAGCUUCGCUGCUCGAGUGUCUGGCGCCGGCGUCGACGCUACGUCCCCGUUGGCUCUUUGCUCAGCUUCCCACGCGGCCGUCUGGGAGGCCACCCACCUCACCGCGGCCGCGGACU